AUGAAUGUGACACAAGUUGCUAGAUACACCAAGGGACCGCAAGAGACAGCAGAAGAAACAGCUAUGAUCUUUAUAAAUGACAAGCAUAUCCUUUUAGGAAGAGGAAAAGGUCCAAAUGGACACCCAGGAAACAUUCGUAUGAGACGGAUCGUCGACAAGUACCGAACUCAGUACCAUGAGGUCGAACGUACGGAAAAGCGUCUUGUGGUGAGGAAAGUACACGACGAGGUGAUAAGUGGCGGAACUAAGUUUCUGAAACGAUCCGAGACAGAAGAUGGAUGGGAGGAAGUUACUGUCAAUAUUGCGUUGGAAAAGGUUGGACAUUCACUGAGAUGUUUCAAGCGCCGGAGCAAGGGUCGAGGUGUAAAUCGUUCCAAUCCAGUCACAAGCCGAAACGAGUCAUCUGUACCAAGUGAAAUUACUGCAACUCUCAAUGCCACUUCACCGCCGAGAAUGAGGAGCUCACAAGGAGUUGGGCAGGAUCGUAUGCCUGGACUGCAAUAUGUCCCAGGAAUGACCAGCACGAUGACGUCUACGCCUACCGAAGCGGGGUUGUUUCCGAGUGUUCCUCUUUUGAGGAAUGGAUCUGUGAGAUUCGGCGUUUCUUCUUUAUUGCCAAACCAAUCAUCUUCGUUGGAUGCAUAUCUGAGAGGGAUGGAGAGGAACCGAUUGCUUUCCGAGCUGGUUGUGGCUAGAACAGUACACCUACCAGCACUUUCGGGCACCUUGAGUGAUGCUUUCUCGUCACGACAAUUGUACGGCGUAAUGGAGCAGGAGCAACAAAUUCGUCAGUUACUCUUGCGGCAGCAUUUCAUGGCAAGCCAAAAUAGAGAGCUACCGCCCUGGUAUUCAGGAUAG